UAUUUAGAAAUUGGAAUACAAAUGUCUCCCCAUUUUUCACCUCCAAGGCUGAAGCUGGGACAGUUUAAAUGGCUUUAAAAUCAGCAUUUAUCUUGCAUGCUUGUAGUUCUCUAUAUUGACAUAUGUACCAGAUUGCACGCCACAUGAAAAGUGCAAACUUGGUCAGAAGGCAAAGCUAUAUGCUCAAGGCCAGCUCGGUCUCAUAUAAAUCCCCACGAUUGCGGAAAUUGCUACCUUGUCCCCAUUACUCCCAGGUUAACCACGAUGCAUUUGGCAUUACAUUGCCAGCAUCCGGCCUUGAUGUUACUUCUUGCAACAGAUUUCUUAUUGAAUUAGAUUUAGUUUCGGCUCGGAUAUUGUUCGAUCAAAUGCCCGUGCGAGAUUUGAUCUCGUGGAAUUCAAUGAUGACAGCUUAUUCCAGGAACGAAUGUUGUGAAGAAGUUCUGCAAUUGUUUUCCGAGCUGCAGAAAUCCCAGUUCAAGCCCAAUUAUACUUCUUUUUCGCUGGUUUUAACUUCAUGUGGAAAAGUCAGAGCUUUAGUCCAGGGGAAAACGAUUCACGGGCUUUCCAUAAAAACACAGGCUUCUUCUAAUUUGUUCGUAGGUACUUCUCUUAUCACUAUGUAUUCAAGAUGCAGUGCGGCUGAUUGUUUGAUAAAUGUUUUUAAGGGUAUAAUUUACCCCAACAUUGCCUCAUGGAAUGCUUUAAUAUCUGGAUUUAUGUUGAAUCGUCAGGUGAGCGAUGCCCGCGAAGUAUUUGAUAAAAUGCCAAGCCGGAAUGUUGUCUCCUGGACCGCCUUGAUAAGCGGUUAUGUUGAGGUUAAGAAGAUGAGCAUUGCGAUCGAGCUGUUUGAGAAAAUGCCUGUUAAAAAUCAUGUAACUUGGUGCGUUAUGUUGGGAGGGUUUGUUGACUGUAGAAAAUUUGGUGAGGCUUUUGUAUUCUUCUCAAAAAUGCUAAGUUCUGGUGUUAGAGCUACUGUAGCUACUAUCAUGGAGGUAAUCAGUUGCUGUUCUUUUAUGGGCAACCUUAAGCAAGGUUGCAAAAUCCAUGGUUACGUGAUAAAAUUGGGCUUUCAUCUUGAUCAGAUGAUUGAGGCCUCUUUGGUUUCUAUGUAUUGUGAUUGCUUAGGAAUGGAGGAAGCAGAAUUUGAGUUCAGAAAGAUGGAAAUCAAGUGCAUUGGAUCCUGGAACUCUAUGUUGUGUGGUUAUACGAAUAACAGCAAUUAUAACAUUAAUUACGCUCAAAGAUUUUUUGAUAGUAUGGUCAACAGAGAUAAUCUCUCAUGGAACUUGAUGAUCAAUGGCUAUUUGAAACAUAAUAGAAUUGAUGAUGCUGUGAAGUUGUUCUGGAUGAUGCCGGAACCUACUAUGGAAUCUUUCACUGCUUUAAUGUAUAGUUACAUUAAAAAUGGAAAUCUGGAUGAUGCUGAGAAAUUAUUCUAUAUGAUGCCUAAACGAGAUGUUGUGGCUUACACAACUCUGGUAUUUGGUUAUUUGAGAAUUGGCCAAUUAGAGAAUGCCUUUGAGCUAUUUAACAAGAUGCCUGAAAGAAAUGUGGUAAGUUAUAAUGUUAUGAUCUCUGGUUUACUUCAUAGUGGAAAGACCAAGGAAGCUUAUGAUCUCUUCAAAAUGUCUCCGGUGAAGGAUAUUGUCUCCUGGGAUAAUAUUAUAGCCGGGUUUGUUCAGAAUGGAUUAUUUGCAGAGGCAAUUAAUCUUUUUAAGAAUAUGUCAUUGUCUGACAUAAAGCCAAGUGAGUUAAUUACAGCCAGUCUUCUCAGAGCAUCUGCAAGGCUAUCCAUAAGUAUGCACGGGGAACAAUUUCAUGGAAUAGCAGUCAAGUUAGGUCAUGAAUGUUGCUUGAUUGUUGGUAACUCACUCAUUAACAUGUAUGGUAAAUGCGGUAAUAUUUUGAUGGCCAAGUUUGUAUUUGACCAGAUGACAGAACAUGAUGUUGUGGCAUGGAAUGCUAUAAUUAACAGUUAUGCAUGUAAUGGUCUUGGCAAGGAAGCAAUUUUGAUGUUCGAGGAAAUGAAAAUGUGCAAAAUCAAGCCUGAUUAUGUUACAUUUCUUGGUAUCCUUGUUGCUUGUAACCAUAAUUGCCUUUGUGAGGAAGCUCAGGGUUACUUCGACUCAAUGGUGUGUGAUUAUGGGAUAAAUCCAACUGUAGCUCAUUAUUCGUGCUUGAUUGAUCUCCUAUGUCGGAUGGGCAUGGCUGAGAAGGCAGAGGAUUUGGCUCAUUCAAUGCCAUUUGAGACUGAUUCCACGGUAUGGGCAUCAAUUCUCAAUGGUUGCAGAUUACAUGGCAAUGUCAAGUUAGCAGAACAUGCAGCUAAUCAGCUAUUCUUAUGGGAUCCCUUAGACCGGAUGCCAUAUAAGCAUCUUAUAAGCAUUUAUGAAUCUGCUGGUAGAUGGGCUGAUGUUGAACGUAUGAGAAGCAAAAUGAAUGAACUCACAUCCAAUACAAGAGCUGGCUACAGCUGGGUUUAGGCUUGCAUUGUGGUAACUAAUUACCUAUCCGUACAUCCAAAUUGAAGUUUUCAAGUUGCUCUAUAAAAGGCUCAUUGUGUUAUAUAAUCAUGCAAAAUUCAUGUCAUUGGAUGGUGGAGACAAAGUCAUUCAAAUUAUUUUUCAAAACACAUAGCUCUGCUUGUUUUGCUAUGAUUCAGAUGAUGAACUAAGUUGCAUUGGUUGCUUGAGCCUGGAGGAAAAACUUUUUUUUUUUCCUGUAUAAGAUGCAGAGGCUGCUAAAGACACCUGAGACGUUAGACCUUCGAUAGCAUUUUUCUAGGCUUGAUUUUAUGAAAAUGAUUCAUUAGUCCAACGGAGCAAGGAUUUUCAAGAAUAUAAGAGGUUCCCAAAGGCUCCCAACAAGAAAAUCAGAUUCAGUUGAAAAGUAAAGAGGUUUGGUAUUGCUGUGAAGCUUGAGCUUGACCGAGCUACGGAAAAGCAAGAGCCCUUCAUGAGGAGGUUUUUAUAAGCUUCGUUUUUUUUGGGGGUAGCUUGAACAUGCUAUCUCAUGAUGAUUCCAUUCUACAGGCAUAAGGUCAUAUACAAUCUUUGCGUAAGAUAUGACUUGCACGUGAAGUUCAUUCCACCAGCAAGCUGCUCACAAAAAAAAUCCAAGUUUGAGUAUUUAAACAAUGGUGUAUCCACAAAUCCUUCUGCCUCUUCGAAGACUCAUCACGUUGGCUGCAGUUGUUAAUUGAUUGCUCAAGCUGGCUAACCUCGAUCAGACAUAGGCAACCACACCAUUUGUGGGAAUAAAGCAUAAGCCUUGCUCUGAUUGAAAUGAAUGGCAUUGGAGAAAAAAAAACAUGAGCUUUGGUUUUGAAGGAAGGAAGCGCCGACAUCGACGUCAAUUUAAUAAAAAAAACCUAAAGGUGUCACCAUUGGCAUCUCCCAAAGGGGGAGACGGGGGAGUCUCCUGAGUGGUAACCAUUGGUUUCAUCUUUUGAUUUUGUACUACUUUUAUUUUCAAACUUUUUUUUUUUCCUUCUAAUUUUUGGGCAUAAUUUGAGUCCUGGUUCCAAACGUUAAGUUGAUUAUAUUAGUUGUUUUGUUUUUAAUA